GAGGAGCCACACACAAACCUGGCAACCUCAGCAGCCGCUUUGUGAUCGCGUUAUUGAGGCAAAAUGGCAGAUUUCGAGGAACUCAGCGAUGAGGAAAAGGUCCGUAUUGCAGCAAAUUUUGUGAUGCAUGCUCCUCCAGGAGAGUUCAACGAAGUCUUUAAUGAUGUGCGACUGUUACUCAACAAUGACAAUCUUCUCAGAGAGGGUGCCGCUCAUGCCUUUGCCCAGUACAACAUAGAUCAGUUUACACAUGCCAAAAUUAAUGGCUAUGAGGAUCAGGUUCUGAUUACAGAGCAUGGAGACCUGGGUCAUGGCCGCUUCUUUGACCCUCACAACAAGAUCUCCUUCAAGUUUGACCACCUAAGGAAAGAGGCCAGUGAAGUGCAGCCCCACGAGGGUGAGGCAGCUCUCAGGUCAUGGAGAGACGCUUGUGAUUCUGCCUUGACAGCCUACGUCAAGCAGCACUACUCUAAUGGAGUCUGCACUGUUUAUGGGAAGACAAUCGAUGGCCAGAAGACCAUCAUCGCUUGUGUCGAGAGUCAUCAAUUCGAGCCUAAAAAUUUCUGGAAUGGCCGUUGCCGAUCUGAAUGGAAGUUCAACAUCUCUCAAUCUACAGCGCAGGUGGUUGGAGUCAUGAAAAUGCAGGUACAUUAUUACGAGGAUGGAAAUGUUCAACUGGUCAGCCAUAAAGAUGUACAGGAACCACUCACUGUGUCUAGUGAGAGCCAGACUGCUAAGGAACUGGUGAAGAUUAUUGAGGAUGCAGAGAAUGACUACCAGACGGCCAUCAGUGAGAACUACCAAACCAUGUCAGACACCACCUUCAAGGCCUUACGCAGACAGCUUCCAGUCACCCGCACCAAGAUCGACUGGAACAAGAUCCUCAGUUACAUGAUUGGCAAAGAGAUGCAGCACGCUUAGAGGACGAGGACAGACGUGGUCAGGGUUAUGACAUUUUGGGGGAGGUUGAUGCUUGUGUGCCGUAACAGAUUGUCCUGUAUGUCCCUCUGAAGGAGACGUCACUGCUUCUGCUGAGUUCUAAAAAUGGAUGCCUUUAAAAUGACAAGGAGUGACUAAACAAUGUUGCUCUUUGAAAACAUACUGUAUAUUAAUAUUAUUUGCCUUUGGUGACACUGUGAAAGUCCUGCCAUUAAAACUCUCACAUGUCACAAGGCUCUAUUGAGUUUCAUGUAGCAACAAAUCUACACUUCCUAGAAAAACCCAAUUCUCUCAGAGCUUCCGAUACCUCUAUAGUUAUACUUAUUUUUUUGAAAGAGAUACAACUUGAUAUGUUACCCAACUGGAGAGAGACUUGACUUAUGCAUUCGUAAGUUGUAGCCAUUCCAUUUAUGGAAAAGCAAAGAUGUCUUUUCUUGGAAGUGUGUCCUUCCUCUAUAGUUAUUUUAUUUCUAUAGGGAGACAUGAGUAUUGACGUCCUCCCACCUGUCAUCUGCCUUUAGCGUUUGCAAUAUUUUUUUAUACAAACUGUAAGUACAAUAUUCUUGAAAUAAAUGUUACCUUUCAAGGAA